GUUUUGUUGAUCAGAUAUUGAUCUAAAGGUAAUAUUCUAUAUGUUCUAAAGGUAAUGGAUUGUGAAUCAGAUAUUGAUUUAAAGUGGUCGUGUGUCAAUUGCGGCGGCAAUAAUGGUGAUGAUGGUAGAGAUGACAGCGUAAUGGUAGUUUCUAUGGUGGUGACGAUUGCAGUGGUGAUGGUGAUGAUGGUAUGACAUUUGUGGAAAUAGUGGUGGAUGCAAUGAUGAUGACGGUUACAAGGGUAAUGGUUGUAAUAGCAUAGAAGAGAUGGUGAUUGUAUAGUUAAGGGUACUUUAGUAUAUAUUAUAGUUUAUAUACAAAAUGUCUCUGUUUUUUUUGUUGGUUAGUUUCUUAAUUAUAGUUUUUUUGUUAGUCAAUUUUGCAAAUUUCCCUUUUAAGAAUAAUGAUAUAUAUAAA